GGUGAUCGUGUAAAUGACGCUGCAAGAAAGGCUUCGGCAGUCGCUUCAUAAACAUUCGAGCCGAUGGUCUGACUAACAAAGUUCAAUGGGCGUAUCGGUCGCACUUGAAACAUUUUAAAUUGCUAUCAUAGUUUAGGCACCCGCUUGGUUUUGCCCAAUAUUACGUCAAUAAAAAAUUUGUGCUAAUUUGUCAGUGAACAUUGGCAGGAGUAUUAUCAGGCGACAAUUGUAUGAAUGUUAACACGAAAAUAACAUUAUUUUAACGUACUGAUAAAAGCCGGCGGGUGAAAAACGGAAACUACAAUGUCCGAGAGUCAGCAGCCAGUGGUUAGUAGAACCCAGUCAACCGUCGACUACGGCAGCACGAUCCGGACGGAAUCACAGCGCCGUCCCACAUUUAUUCCGAUCGAAUCCCCGCGACGUUAUUCAAAAAUGAGCCACAAUUCGCUGUCCGGCCAUGAGGCCCAGAAUCGCCUCCAGAGAGUGGAGUACUUCCUGAAUGUUUUGAAUCAGAUGUGCAUUGGAUUUAUCACCAUCUAUAUAUCAUAUCUGACCCUGCGCACUGGAUUAUCCGGCACUGGACUGCACGCCUGGCUGGUCACCAUAGGGUUCUCGUUCUUCAUGGCCGAGGGCGUUAUGGUCCACUACGGUGGAAAUGUCUUGACCAACGGAUAUAAACGCCAAACGAAGACCACGAUACAUUGGGUACUCCUCACACUGGGGGGCGGAUGUGGGGCAGCUGGAGCCCUUAUCAAAAUGAUUCAGAAGGGGUUUUUGCUCCAGUCAACACAUGGGAAGCUGGGGAUGACCGCCUUUAUACUGUGCAUUCUGGCCAUGUCCUCCGGCGUGGCUGCACUUUUCUCCGCCCGCGUGAAGAAGCUGAUUACACCAUUGCUGAACAAGACGUUCCACAAUUUCCUCGGAUUUGCUUGCUUUGUGAUCGCACUGGUGACCCAGUAUUACGGCUACCAGACGGGAUACUUUAAGAGCCGCAGUGAGACAGACUUUCAGAUCCUGAUGAAGUGCCUCACCCUCAUAUCUCUGGUUCUUUCGAGCUACGGACCGAUGAAGGCGCUCUAUCAAAAGUUUAAAAAUAUAUCAAAUCAGUUUUAAGUAGAAGAAAUAGACUUAGCCUUAUGAAUGUAAAUAGAAAAUUAAAUUAAAAUUAAAUUUCGUCAAUAUCUUAAA